CUUCUCGGCCAAUGGACUCGCUAGUACGUCAUCAGUUACCGCCUACGGCGCCGAUCACGUGACACCCGGCCGCUGCCCUCCUCUUGCGUUGCCGCGGGUUUGAGGAAAAUGGCGAAGGUUUCCGAGCUCUAUGAUGUGACCUGGGAAGAAAUGCGAGAUAAAAUGAGAAAAUGGAGGGAAGAAAACUACCGAAAUAGUGAACAGAUAGUAGAAGUUGGAGAGGAGUUAAUUAAUGAAUAUGCUUCGAAACUUGGAGAUGAUGUUUGGAUAAUAUAUGAACAGGUGAUGAUUGCUGCUCUGGACUACGGUCGGGACGACCUAGCAUUGUUUUGUCUUCAGGAGCUGAGAAGACAAUUUCCAGGAAGUCAUAGAGUCAAACGAUUAACUGGUAUGAGAUUUGAAGCCAUGGAAAGGUAUGAGGAUGCUAUACAGCUUUAUGAUCGAAUUUUACAGGAGGAUCCAACAAACACAGCUGCAAGAAAGCGUAAGAUUGCCAUUCGAAAAGCUCAAGGGAAAAAUGUGGAGGCCAUCCGAGAACUGAAUGAGUAUCUGGAACAGUUUGUGGGAGAUCAAGAAGCUUGGCAUGAACUUUCAGAACUUUACAUCAAUGAACAUGACUAUGCAAAAGCAGCCUUUUGUUUGGAGGAACUUAUGAUGACUAAUCCACACAACCAUUUAUACUGUCAGCAAUUUGCUGAAGUUAAGUACACCCAAGGUGGACUUGAAAAUCUCGAACUUUCAAGAAAAUAUUUUGCACAAGCAUUGAAAUUGAACAACAGAAACAUGAGAGCUCUUUUUGGGCUUUACAUGUCUGCAAGUCAUAUUGCUUCAAAUCCAAAAGCAAGUGCAAAAAUGAAAAAGGACAAUAUGAAAUAUGCCAGUUGGGCAGCUAGUCAAAUAAACAGAGCAUAUCAGUUUGCAGGGCGAAGUAAGAAGGAAACAAAAUACUCUCUGAAGGCGGUGGAAGACAUGUUGGAAACACUGCAGAUCACUCAAUCUUAAGGUUUUAAAAACUCACAUUAAUUUCACAAUUCCACCAUCAUUAUUAUUGUCUGUGACUUAUAUACUAUGUGCCCAGUGGUAUUUAUAUAUAGGUCCAAUUAGUAAGACGUUUGUAUAAAUCUAAAAAUGCCUUUUGCUGCUAAGCAGUAUGAUAGAGAAAGCUAACAAGUUUCUAAGGAAGAGAAAUCUAAGAAGACACCAUUAAUUAUAUAUGACUCAUCAAAUCAUCUCUGUAUAAUAACUGCUUUCAAGCCAUAACUGAUGUAGAAAAUAAACUUAUUAAAUGAAACCAAGAUUAUUUCUUAAACUUGUAUAUAAAACUGGAUUCUUUCUCAUUUGAUGUCUACCAAAUACUUACACUGUACAGUCAAGGAAUAAAUUUAAAUAGAGAUGAACAGAUGAACAUUUCUGGUCAUCAGCUGAUGAUAAAGAUUUACCAGUAUGAUUAUUGAAUCUAAAUGUUUUUCUUAAGUGCUUCUGGUAUAUAGACAACUGUGCUAGGACUACUUGAGAGAGCUACAAAGCUUGGUGGGAUAUUACGUAGGCAGAAAAAAAAUAUUAUGAAAGCAUUAACAUGGUGUUCCCAGAAUUCUGUAUUAUGGAUGGCUUCCUGCAUAAUGUCCCUAGAUGAAAACAAAGGCAGAUGAUAGAGGAUGGAUAUAAAGCAACUUCUGUGAAUAUUAUGAUGAACGUUGGCAAGCAUUGAGCUGAGGUCAGUGGGGAAAUGUAAGGUCAACAAAAAAUUUAUUUUGGUUGUUUUGUCUUUGAAAUCAUAUCUGGAGAAAAGAAAGGAAAAUGAAAAUAACAGCUACUAGUGAAAAGAUAGAACUGUGAGAUUAUUGUUUGGUUUUUGGCAUUUCCUCUGAGGAGAAUGCCUUCUGAACUGGGAAGGGUGGUACAGAAAUACCUAAUAAGGGAUGGAUAUUCAGGACAAAUAAGGAUAAUAAGAGAGAUCAUCAUGCCUCUGCUUCAUUAUUUUUUAAACACUUAAUUUCUGUCUAACAAUAGAUACUAAGUAACAGUUCCAAAGCAAUAGAGUGGUGAGGGCUAGGUAAUUGGCCCUAUGUGACUUGCCUAGGAUCACUACUCCAUUCUUGAAGGAGGAGGUUGAUCUUCUUGCUAAGGCUAACUCCUGCAAUGGAGGUCUUAAAUCCAUCUCCUCCAAGAACUUUCCUCCUCAAACAUUCUCUCACUUCAUCUUCAGUAUUGUCUUUUCUGUGUCUUCUUUCCUUACCACUUAUGCCCAGCCUUCUUGCUUUAAAAGUUUCAGAGCUUAAUAAGAAUUGUCUUCAUAGGAAAAUAAUGUUCAGUUACCAUUAUCUCUUAUUUUUAUAAAUAAACUAGAGGUGAAGUGAGUUGUCCAUGGUCAUCUAGAUAGUAAAUGUCAGAAAUAGGAUUUGAACCUACAUCUGACUAUAAGUCCUUUGUGAUUUACUUUUUUUUUUACAUGUAGAUAUAAUUUAUUAAACUUUUUUGACAUUUUGCAAUCCAUGUUCUCCUUCUCCUCCCUGAAAUGAUAAAUAAUAUGGUCCAAGUUGUGCAUAUGUACUAUCAUGUCAUAUAUACUUCCAUGUUUGCCAUGUUGUGAAAGAAGAAACAAAUUGGUUAUACUAGAGAAAAAUUCAUAAAGGAAAUAAAGUGAAGAAUGGUAUGUUUAAA